CAAAUUUAUACAUGGAUCCUAGCUAUCGAUCAGAUGUUCAUACUUGCCAUGUCUCUUUAAUUUCCAUGCAAGUUGAGUAAUUGUUAACUUGGUGUUAUGUUCUUAGCUUUUUUAUCUUAUGGAAGAAAUGUUUACUGCCUAAAUUUGAACCUCAAAACUUUAAUCUCAGAAUAAGAUAUUAGUAAAUUUAUGAAUUCUAAAUGAAUAUCGAUGGCAUUGCAUUUGUUGAUAAAAGAGUUGAUGCACCCAACUUAGGUACUCAGAGUUGGGCUUUGGAAACAAAUUUAAUUAAAAUUCAUUUAAUUGAACAUGUCAAACUAUGCUAUUAGUGUCUCUUAUCUGUCAAAAUAGUGAAUUUAAUCUAUGUAUAAUAAUUUAUAAACAAAAAAUUUAUGUAUAAUAAUUUAUAAAAAAAAAUUAGUUGCUAUAUAUGUAGUUAGAACCUAAAAUAAGUAGGUAAUUAGGUGCAUAAUUAACUAACUUAAUAUCCAUAUAGAAAAUUAAGUAAUAACUGAACUUUAAAGAGUCGUAGCUCCAAUUUGUUGGUCAAGAACAAAGCAUUAGCUUGACAGUAAACAAAUCCUUUAAGGCAACUUCUUUUGGACCAGGCCAGGAAUCCUUAAGACAAAGCCUUCCCUCCUACCCCAAUUUUGCCUUCGAACUUUCUCCUUAUCAACCCUUCAACAGGUUGAUUUCGUCUUUAUAUGGCCAUGCAUUUUUUUAUCCGCUAAUUACAUAUGCAAAGCCUCUUUUCAGAGAGCAGUUGCUGACUCAUUGUUUUUUUGUUGCUGUAAUGGAGUUGUUGAACUCUUAAUAUGCUUAGCUAACGAUUUCCAAAGAAACUUCAUGCAGAAAUUCUUUCACAUUUAUCCUUAUCUUACAGGCUUGUUAAUCCUUCAUAUUCCAGACAUAAAACUGCUAGAUGGGUAGCCUUGUUUUCCAUGAAUUCAAAAGGCAAGCUUCUUUUUUCCUCAAGGAGAAGAUCAAGACUGCUAGAUUGGCUUUAACUAAUGUUACACCAGUAGAAUUAUUGACAGAAGAAGCCACAGAUGGAAACAUGCCAUCACCAGAUGCAUGCAGCAUGGGUGCAAUAUCAAGGGCUGCCUUUGAAGUUGAUGAUUACUGGAGAAUUGUUGAUAUUUUGCACAAGAGAUUGUCAAAGUUUGAUGCAAAGAACUGGCGUGCUUCUUACAAUGCUUUGGUUUUAUUGGAACAUCUGUUAACUCAUGGUCCUCUAAGGGUUGCUGAGGAGUUUCAGAAUCAUAGAGAUUCCAUCAAGGAAAUGGGAAACUUUCAAUAUGUUGAUGAGAAAGGGUUCAAUUGGGGCUUGAGUGUUAGGAAAUUAUCAGAGAAAAUCCUGAUGCAACUUGAAAAUGAGUUAUUUCUCAAAGAAGAGAGAGCAAGGGCUCGAAAACUAACAAUGGGGAUCAAAGGUUUUGGGAGCUUCAGCCACCUUUCCUCUUCAAAGGAUCAAAGGUUCAACUCGUUUAGCAACCAUGGAGGAUCUAGUUCUCAAGAGGACUGUUUCUUAGAGUUCAAAGAGAACUUGUCAUUCAAGGAAGGGGCAGGACUAACAGAACAAGAUUACAAUCAAAACAUGUUAGCUCCAGAGAAGUUGGAAAUCGAUGGAGAUGGAUUUGACAGGGAAAGGCAACAUCCAUUCUGUGAAGAUGAGCAAGAGACAGCAGAAUCAUUGCUUUCUUCAACUAUGUGAAAACAGGAUUUGAGGGAGUCUUUUAGUACAUGUUGACAACAAUGAUAGGCUAAUUAGUUUGGGUUUUUUUACUAAUUAGUGUUUAUGUUACGAGGGAUGUUUUAAAUGAUCUGAAAGUAAAAAAAAUCAAUAGAAAUAAUAAUACCAUGUGUAAAUAAUAUAUAUUUUAAAGGUAAAUAUUUCAUGUCUCAUUUUC